GCUCAGGUUUGCCGGAUCCCGGGGGCAUGUCAUAUCCACUCCUCUGGUUGGCCGGUCGGGUUCACCCAUUCUCUUUUUUCUUAUUACUCGAGAAAGUGUGCCUGUGAAGUGCAUGAAAAUUAAAUGUCUAAAUUUUCUGACUCUGAUGGGAAUGACCCUCAUAAUGGUGGUCCUUUCGACCUUAACAUUGGUGAAGGAUCCUUCCCUGUUCAUCCUCAUCCCCAUCUUCAUCCCUUGGUGCUCGUGCCCACUGCCCAGCUGGCGAUCAACCAUUAUUUUCUGCUGCAUUUGCUCGAACCCCCGGGGAAAAAAAGAGAGGGUCAAGCCUGUCGGUUCGGUUCAUCGAUCAAUCCCCCUCCUAAAUCCGAUUUUCGAGAAGCUCCUAAAUAGCGCAUGUUCCACCCUCAGCCUUCCACAAAUCCAUGAUCGGCUUAUAUCUUUCAAUAUUUUGUCUCAUUUAUCACGUAGAUAUGGAUAUUAGAGUUGGAUCUUAUGGUCUCGUACUCACCGAGUACUCAGUAGAGUUCCACCAUUUCUCUCAAGAGGGUGUAGAAUUCUAAAAGCGGAAAGAGAUCAGGCCCUGGUGGAG